GGAGGCGGAGGCGGCGGCGGCAGCAGCAUCAAAGAGACGCGAUUCCCGCUGCCUAGGGGGGAGUCAUGCUUUGCAGUCUGUAAUGUCAGCAGAACAGGAGAAGGAUCCCAUUGCGCUGAAGAGAGUUCGAGGUGGUGACAGUGGACUGGAUGGGUUAGGAGGACCGGGUGUACAACUUGGAAGCCCAGAUAAGAAAAAGAGAAAAACAAAUACCCAGGGGCCUUCUUUUCCUCCACUGUCUGAAUAUGCCCCACCACCGAAUCCAAAUGCUGACCAUCUAGUAGCGGCUAAUCCAUUUGAUGACAACUAUAAUACUAUUUCCUACAAGCCUUUACCUUCAUCAAACCCAUAUCUUAGCCCCGGUUACCCUGGAUUUGGAGGUUACGGCUCAUUCAGAAUGCCACCUCAUGUGCCCCCAAGAAUGUCAUCCCCCUACUGUGGUCCUUACUCACUUAGGAACCAGCCACAUCCAUUUCCUCAGAAUCCUUUAGGAAUUGGUUUUAAUAGACCUCAUGCUUUUAACUUUGGGCCACACGAUAAUUCAGGUUUUGGAAAUCCAGCAUAUAAUAGUCCACUAAGUCAGAAUGUUAACAUGUCUAAUCAACAUUUUAGGCAAAAUCCUGCUGAAAACUUCAAUCAGAUUCCUCCACAGAAUGCCAGCCAAGUAUCUAAUCCAGACUUGGCAUCCAAUUUUGUCCCUGGAAAUAAUCCAAAUUUUACUUCCCAAUUAGAAUCAAAUCAUUCAUUUAUCCCUCCACCAAACACUUUUGGUCAAACAAAAGCACCCCCACAAAAACAAGACUUUAGUCAAGGAACAACCAAAAACACUAAUCAGAAUUCCUCUGCCCACCCCUCUCAUCUCAAUAUGGAUGAAACUGUAAACCAGGGUAAUAUUGACUUGAAAAAUGUUAGUCGAAACAAUACCGUAAAUCAAGAAAGCAACCGUUCCAACAGCACUGAUAAUGCAAAUAGCAGCCAUGCGAAUGGAACUCAGAAUAAGCCCCGUCAACCCAGAGUUACAGCUGAUGGGUGUAAUUCUGAAAAGAGCAACAAAACCACCCUCCACCCAAGUCGACAUGGCCAUUCAUCUUCAGACCCAGUAUAUCCUUGUGGCAUUUGUACAAAUGAAGUGAAUGAUGAUCAGGAUGCCAUCUUAUGUGAGGCCUCAUGCCAGAAAUGGUUCCACCGGAUCUGUACAGGGAUGACUGAAACGGCUUAUGGCCUCCUGACUGCAGAAGCUUCAGCAGUAUGGGGUUGUGAUACUUGCAUGGCUGAAAAAGAUGUCCAGCUAAUGCGCACUAGAGAAACUUUUGUACCACCUGCAGUGGGUUCUGAUGGGUAAUCUGUAAAUUUUUUAGAGUAGGGUUUUUUUUUUAUGGUUAUUACAUAAGAUCUUAAAGUUUCACAUUACAGAAACCAAGCCAAACCAAUUAUUUAUCCUUUAGUUUUUACAAAUAUUUAGCCUCAGUACUGUUGUAAAUUUUGUAUAGUAUUUGCUUAUUUGUUCUUGUAUUCAUCAGAAAUAUAAAAGCCUCUUUAAUCUUCAAAACAAUCUACUAAAGUUUAGAUUGGUUGCACAUAGAUUGUAACUUUAAAAAAAUAUAAAAUUAGUGAAUCCAAAUAUAUAUAAAUAUAUAUAUUUUGAAUGAAUAAACUGUACCAAAGUGCUAAAUUUUGAAAGCACCAUAUAAAACAUUGAGUUAGCAUCCCCUUUUCUAGGGAAGGGUCCAUUUAUCUUAUUUUAAGAAUAUUGUGUCUGUAAAUAAAAACUUAAAUGAAAAACACUAAGGUUUCACAAAUUUUUAAAGAGAACAAUAUCAAAAUUUUCUAGACAUCUGAUUUUAGCUAUCUUUACAUUUGCAAAUAUUCCUUUUCAGGGCAUAUGUCUUUUGUAGGUGGGAAGACACAUACAUAAUAGUCACUCAAUUCUGGUCAGUUUUUCUUUCUUUGAUGUCAAUUAAUUAGAGGUAAGUACUGAAAAAUUAUUAAAAACUAUGGUAAAUAGAACAUCUGCAUAUUUGUAGGAAGUUUAAAAAUAAAUGAACCCCAAACUUGGAUAGAUAAUAUUUUGUGAAAAUUAGCAUUUAAUAAAUCAGGUUAAACUAUAGUCUGUGCUUUCUUCUCUUCUUGCCACUUUGCAUUCAGCAAAAUGUGAAACUCCUAGUUUGUCUACAUUAUAUUUUUGUUGGAAAUUGUAAUUACUGUAAACUUUUAAGCAAUCAACUUGGUCAAUUACAGUUUCUUUUGAUUUUGUGUAAAGAUUUUAAAAAACGGUUCUUUGCUUACUGUGUUCUGUUCAUAGAAUAAGAUCACAGUUUCUUCUGGUUUUGUGUAUAAUGUACAGAGCUGGAUAGAUACUGUGAAUAGAGCAUUUCAGUGUUUGUUCUCAGGAGUCCACUUAACAUUCUACACAAUAGCACUUGAGUUGUAUUCUGGCUUAAAUUGAUCCUACAUUUCUUUUAGCUCUCUACUUGAGAAGAAUUAGACUCUCUUUUAUAAUGUGCAGCCAACUAUUUCUAUGAAAGUGAAAUAAAUUUACCUCUCCCAAGCAAAUUUAAGAUAUUUGAUUCAUAACAUUCUUCUCUCAUAUUCCAUUUUCAAAUAGAAGUUACCUGCUUGUGAUCAAGAGGAUUUUCAUUGAAAUAUUUAAGUUUGCAACAACAUUAGUAAAUAUUAUCUUGCAAACAUUGAAUGAAAACUUCAUGUAAUUGAUUCCGACAAUAUAUUUACUAUAUCUGAAUUGUGUACAAAUAGCCAAAUGUUUUUGUGUGCUUAGAUAAGUGAUACUUUUAGAGUGUUCCUACACUUACUACUCAUUCAACAGUUUUCUAAUUGAUGGGAGUAGGGAAGACAAGCUAUAGCCAAAUACUAAUUGAUUGGCUCAGUUUGACCAAAAGGGGGUUGAAUUAAUCAAAAACACAGAUAUGAUCUCAUCAGGACAGUAGUGGACUGCCCUGAAACUUAGAAUUUGUAAUGAACUUGCACAAAGGUUAUAUUCUCCAGCAUCACGGUUUCUCUGGUGCAGUCUCCUUUAUAUUCUUGAAAGGCUCCUUUUGUCAUAAGAAAACAUUUUUUAACAGAAAAUCUUAAAAAAUUUUUCUAUCCGUGCUUGGAAGUUUUGCUGAUGUUCCACCUGGCUAAAAUGACAAGAGGCCUUUCAAAAAGGCUAUGUUACUAACGGCAAUUUUCAUAGUGGCAAUUCCUCUAUCAGAACUUUUUAUGAGGUUUUGUCUUGGUAUAACACUGGAGAGUUCCUAUUAUGCUGGUUGUAAACAUUGCAGUUUCACUAGUCAAGAAUUAGCUUAGUUUAUACAGGAAAAUAAAUUGUGUUUAUCAGUUAGAGUACUUAGAAUUAGAUCUGCACUGAUUUUAACUUUAAGUUGUGUGAUAUUUAAAAGAGUUUCUAAAUGCUAAAGAGUUAGUGUCAAAAUGAGCAUACUUGUGUAAAUAAAACUGGACAUUUUCUUGGCUAGUGAUUGUUCUGCAUAGAUGAUAAAAUAGUAUAUAAAGAAAUCCAGUAUUUUUCUAAGGCUCCCAGCUCUGCCUAGUAGAAUGACCUCCUUAAAGUGUGCUUUAACAUUGCAACCUAUUGUUUUAAUCCCAGGUGAAAUAAGUAUCAAGAGUCUUCAUCUAAUAAUCUUUUAAACUUGUCUAUCUGGCACACAUUAAAAGGGCUGAUGUAUAUUUUACCCUUCAUUGUGUUAACUAUUUUAUAAUUCAUAUUGAAAUAAUAUAUAAGCAGUUAUUAUUUUUGAAGGCAGCUGAAGAGGCUUUGGAUUUCUUUUGCUAGUGUAUAAAGGCAUGGAAAAAUAUAUACAAUUUUAGAUUUUUUUUUUAAUUUAAAGAAUACAGGCAAUCCCUUAAGUUACAAAUGAGGGAUAUGUUGAAAAAAUUUUUGUAAGUUAGUGGUUUGGAAUUUAAAACACAAUUUACCAUAAAAAUAAAGUUUAUAAAUAGUAGUUAGGUUUCCAGGCUAGCCCACAAAAACCUAAUUAAUUCAUGUGGUAGCUGUAUUACAGUGAGGCUGAAGUUUUUUUGAGGUCUUUGAGGCUGGGUUCCAUGGUCCAUAGAGGAGGGAGGACAUGAGAAGAGAAAGAUAGGGUCCUUCCUAUUACUUUCCUAGUACUGGGUCUGCCUUAUGCAGAAUUUUUAAGUAAAUGUUUUAGUAAAUAACUCUUUUACCACCUUUAUAUUUUAUUAUUUUGCAUUCUUCUCACACUUAUUUCCUCUCUCUGCUGAUCUCCAGAUUCCCUAAUGCUGCCCAAACCACUACCCCUAAAACAUCAUCUCAGCCUUUCCCUACAUCAGAUUUCUCUGUUACCAGUCUCCUAUCUAAUUAAAACUCCCAUUCCCUUAGUAUCGUUGUUUCAGCUAGAUGUUAGGAGGAAAACUGCCUGAUUGAUGAGCCCCUGAGUAUUCCAGGACACUGACAUCUUGUUCAUAUACCUGUCUGUUGAACUCUUUCCCCAGCCUGAGUCCUUAAUUCUUCCUUGUCCUGACCUCUACCCCCACCCCCAAACCACACAUCAGGUAUAGAAAUUGCUACUCAAUGACUUUGGCUCAUUUAACUAAAUUGCUUUAAGUGUCAGUGGCUAAUAUCCUAGAGUACAGAAUGCUUGUUACAGAGUACCAUCCUAGAGUACAGAAUGCUUGUUAACCCAAAUGAAUCUCUAAUUAGUAGGAUUUCAAGAAUUGUCAUUAGCCGAAAUGGAAAAAAAAAAUGCAAUGUGAGCUGUGGUGGUUGAGGUAUUUUAGAAUAGAUAGCCUGGGGUCAGUUUUCCUAACCUUGCUUUCUCAGACUUCUUUUUCCUACCCUGCUAAGCCCAUAGACUAUUUUACAUUUCCAAGUUUUCUCACAGCCUUUAUAUUAUACUGGUUUACUCGAACUUCAUUCAACAUCAUCCAAUCAUCUGGAUGGCAUGCUUUUGUCCAGUUUGACUAAAUUUGUCCAGUGAUAGAUAAAUGGACCCUACUACUGGUUGUGGAAGAGACUUUUGGGACAGCAUAUCCUGUCUCAAAAGAUAGAGGGGAAGAUAUUGAAUAAGCUAUUUUGAUAUAAAGGUCAUUCAUGAGAAGGGCUUUAAAAGUUGAGGACUCUUAAUUUUGAAGUUUUUACAGAAAUGAACACUUUUCUCAUUCUUGUUAGUAGCACUAUCUGUAGUUAUAUUUAAAGGACUUCAUCUUCAAUUACUAGUACUUUUCAUGUUAUAUAGAUGAUGUUGCCUGCUAGUCAAAAUGUUAUCUUUUAUAAAAGAAAGUCCUGCUUCUUAUCAUGAUGUAUGUGACUUAAAUGACUGUUUCAUAUUAAAACUAUUCCUUCCUUAUGUACUGUUUACAUAUGCCUCUUUUUGGGAUAUUAGUUCAGUACUUUUAUACAAAUCUGAGUGUGUUCCACAUUGGUGACAUGUAUUUUUGCAACUAAUUUUUUUGAGUUUUGUUCUGAUUAUAAAUUAGAGCAUGUCUGAAUUAACACAUGCAUUAGUGCUGUGGUCUGUGGCAAAAUUACUGUAAUUCAAAUUGGAAAAAAAAAAGUUUCCAGACUUUGUCCAACAUUUAUUCUUAUGACAAAGAAAAAUUACUAUGUAAUACUAAUUAUUUCAUGUGAUGGUAUGUUUUAAGCUACUCUAUGAAGUAUGUGAAACAUCACUGUUAAGGAUUGGUGGCUGGCCUGGUGUCCUUGAUCUGGGAGAGAAGGGUAGAUCUAAUGUUAGCAAUUCAUGGUAUCCAUAAUGGAAUAAAUACUUCUUGAAAACUUGGUCAUCUCUUACUGGUAUAAUUUAAUAGGAAAGGAUUAUCUGGAAAAUAUAGUAUAUGGUAGGAUUAUUUAAUUUGGUUGAUAAUGUUAAGGUGCUAUUUAAUUUUAAAUUUUAAAUAGACACUUUAGGCUAUACUAUGUGAUCAACAAUUGACUAAAAUAUAUUUUUGACAGUCAGUCAUCUAAUUAUUUUACAAGGCUUUUGUAGGUUAGAAUAAAUUCUAUACAUUUUUUAAAAUAAAAAGAUUAAGUAGAAUUACUUCAAACAUGCCAGAUUUUGUACUUGUAUGCCUUUCUUAUACAGAUUUCUGCCAUCAUUCCCUUUCCCUCCUUCCCCUUUUAGGUAAUAAUAACCAACUUUUCUUAAAAAAAAAAAAAAAGCAUUGGGAUAAUGUAAAACUUCAUUAAAAUGAAAAACUAUAAGAAUUUAUAUUAAGAUAAGUACUGAAUUGGACUUAACUUCUGUGUUUUAUAUGGAGAUGGGUGUUUAUUGGAGAAACCCAUAAAACAAGAUUGGAAGAAUAAUUAAUGUUAAUCUUAAGAGAACACACUUCAAGCACAUAAGAAGUAAAUAUUAUUUAUGCUUACAUAUAAAUAAUAUGCUAAACACACAGCAUUCUCAUUUGGUACCUCUGCUAGAGAAUGUAAUCUAAUUCAAACAAGAACGUGAACGGGAUAGAAAUUGUACUUCUAUAAAAAUAUUCUAAUUUUUAAACUUUUUAUUCAAGUUCUAACUUAGUGAAGUUUUACUGUAUUGAUAAUCUGUGUUCAUUUUGACACUACUUUCAUGAUGCAGGAAUGCAUCAGAUAUUAAACAACUGACCUGAUAUUUUUAGUCAUCAGUUAAAGAGAAAUUGGUUUCAGGUCUUGACAUUAAAAACAAAAAACAAAAACAAAAACAGGCUCUUAUCAGUCUUUGGUCUGAUUAUUUUGAUUAUGGACAUGACUUUAGACUUGAAUAUACAACAUUUUUCAUGGGUCUAUUUUUUAUUUAGAAUUUGUAUUUAAGAAAAAUUUUAGCAUUUUGCUUUUGCCUGGCACUUUAGCAUAUUAUAUUUUGAAAGUGAUUCUCAUUUUUUUUGUUUCUAUUAUACAAGUUUAAAGAAGUAUUUAUUAUUAAAUGAUUCAUGAAUUGCUAACUCUAGUGACUUUGUAGAAAAAUUAAGAUGAGAAAAGACAGUGGUGUGAUGAAUUAUUUGCUCAAAAUGGUUUAGACUUUUUUAUAUAGACAGUAUGUAGAUUACUGUCUUCAGGGAAAUAAAAUUGGCUCACUGAUUGAAUGUUAAGUGUUUAUUUAAGUGCUCCUGAAUUUUAAGCCAAAUAUUCUCAGUUUCUUUAAUUAGAUAAUGACAAGCCAAUUCUAUUUUCUUUACGAGCAAAUUAACUUAAAAAUGUUUCCUACAAAGUAUAGUUAAUUUGUAAGUUAUCUUUUCCCUUUCUCUUCUCCCCCUACACACCAACCAUUCUUAAGUAUAAGACCUUCUGAAGGAAUAUAAUUUAUUGUCUUCCACCUUAUUUUUUAUUUGUUUGUUUCACAUUACUGUGGCCUUUCAGGUUAGUGGCAAAUAGAAAAGUAGUAAGAAAAGUUACAGUUACUGCCAUCCAGACAGUUCAUAAUAUGAGUUAUUGUUGACCUUUUAAUUUCAAAGAUUAUGCCAGAUGUCAUGUGUGCAUAGUAAGAGGAAUGUUUGUUUAUCAGAAUACAGAUCUACUAUUAGUAGAAAUUAUGUAUGGCAGGCUUUCUUGAACAAUAUGUAUUGUAAGCUUUCCUAUAUUGUUAUUUUGCAGUAAAUUCUUUCAAAUAAAGCUAAUUUUUAAAGAGAAAA